CUCCAAGCAGGGGCCAACAUUGUGUCAACCAUCCCAUCUUCAACUACGAACUUGCGAACUUUACUGAUUUAUUGUACGUUUGUUUAACUUCUGGAGUAUAAAUAAUAUUCAUGGACCAAAUCCUAAAUAUAUACUUGUCGUCGAUCACAAUAUGACGACUCCUAUCUCUGGUCGAAGAAAGCGACCUCUUCCCGACGACGACCCAGAUUCGUCGCCCGCCGUUACACCAACAUUGAACGCCACUGUUAAGAGACGCCGCCUUAACACUCUUACAAAUCCGUCCCCAUCUACACCCAAGGGCUUCUCUGCUAUAACUUCUGCUAUCAGCGGCGCACUUGGAUUCGGUCGAAAAAAGAACGCGAGUACCGCCGCUGCUGCUACCAACCCGAAAACUUCAACCAAUGAUGCCACAUACGAUGUACCCGAAUCCCCAGAGGACAAGAAAUCUACCGAAUACCUACAAAGCCUCCCAUUGAAACAUAAUAAAAUUAGUAUUAAGUCGCCGAACAAGAAGUCCCGUCCUCGAGCCAAUGUCUACGAAGUACCAGAUUCCGACGAGGAGGUCAGUCAUGACCCAGGACCAGCGGAUACAAGUCAUGACGAGCUCCAAUCCACGCCACCUAGGAAGAGGGGCGCCAAUGGCGUGUCGAGUACAUCGUCGAAGAAGAGUGUAAGCGCGCGAUUGUUGGAAUCUCGCAAAAAGAAACCAGCCAUUGCGCAAGAAGAAAGCAACCUAGAAGCUACACCGAAACGAAAGGGGAGACCAGCUAGAUCAGAGAGCAAACCCAGUACAUCCGCGUCUAAACCUAGUAUAAAGCCAAAAAGGACGAUACCUCUCAAGAGCAAUAUAGAUGCAUCGCCCGCGAUCAAGUUGCCAGCCAUCAAGGGAAUAUUAACCCCCCAAAAGAAGAAACCCGGCCGACCGCGGAAGAAUGUGGCAUUCAAUGAUGGAGAUAGUGGGAAAGAGAACGAAAUAUUCUUCAAGGACAUUCAAUUGACCACUUCGAGGUCGAAGCCGCAAGAAAAGGCCGCAGCUGUUAUAACCGACACGGAGACACCCGCCGGAGAUGAAGAAAACGAAACACGUGAGAGCGAGGAUGACGAAGUAUGUGCGAUAUGUUCGAAACCAGAUUCGGAACCGCCGAACGAGAUUAUAUUUUGCGAGAAUUGUGACAUGGCGGUUCACCAAAAAUGCUACGGUGUACCUGUCAUUCCGGAAGGCGACUGGAUAUGUAGGAAUUGUUCACAGGACGAUGCUCUACCGGAGGCGAAGGUGACCCCUCAGAAACGAAUACGCGUUACUAAGUCAUCGGAAGUGCCUAAAAUUCCAAAUUUGGAACAACACCUACGACAGAUGCAACGCGUACUGUUAGAUCGAUGCUCUGGAAAUCGCCGUAUUAAGCUCUGUGGUCAGACGGAAGCUUAUGAUAAGGCCUUUCAACUAGCAGAACAGACUGUCUUGGCCGGUGAGGGUAAUUCGAUGAUGGUUAUUGGUGCGAGAGGUUGCGGCAAGACUACGUUGAUGGAAGAGAUCAUCUCAAAUCUCAGAGCGGAACACCAAGAGGAAUUCCAUGUGGUUCGUCUUAACGGUUUUAUUCACACUGACGACAAGCUAGCUUUGAAGGAGAUUUGGCGCCAGCUCGGUAAGGAGAUGGAUCUCGAAGAUGACCUCAUAAAUAAGACGAACAACUAUGCCGACACGAUGGCUUCGCUCUUAGCUCUUUUAUCCCACCCCGCAGAAAUUACAGGAGCCGAUGAUGGUGUAACAUCCAAGUCGGUCGUCUUUAUUAUUGACGAGUUCGACUUAUUUGCGACACACGCUCGACAAACGCUAUUGUACAAUUUGUUUGAUAUUGCUCAAGCGAGGAAGGCACCAAUUGCAGUGCUGGGAUUGACUACAAGAAUCGACGUUGUAGAAAGUCUAGAAAAGAGAGUAAAGAGUCGAUUCAGCCAUCGAUAUGUUUACAUGUCUCUUCCGAAAACUCUAGGUGCUUAUUGGGAAGCCUGCAAACAAGGGCUUUCUGUCGAUGAGGAAGACCUCGCCCAGGAAGGCUUCGAUACUAGUCUCGAAGGGCUAUACGAGUUCCGAGACUAUUGGGACAACAAGAUCGAGGCCCUUCAUAAAACCUCAAGUUUCGAAGACCAUCUAGAAUAUCAUUACUAUACGACGAAAUCCAUACCAGCUUUCCUCACUACAUGCAUUCUACCUCUGUCAACAAUUUCAACCUCCUCACUAGAUAUACAAAUACCCUCAUCUUCUACGGGAUGCAUCUCUCUAGAGCCUUCGGAAUCCAAAUUACAUCUUUUAGGAACGUUAUCAGAUCUCGAAUUAGCGCUACUUAUUUCAGCGGCUCGUCUAGAUAUCGUUGCUCAUACGGACACAGUCAAUUUUGCUAUGGCGUAUGAUGAAUAUAGCUCACAAAUGGGCAAGCAAAGAGUUCAGUCGGCUUCUUCCGGUAUGUUAGCUCUAGGAGCAGGCGCAAGGACUUGGGGGCGAGGCAUCGCCGCGGUAGCCUGGGAACGUUUAGUAUCCCUCGGUAUACUCAUCCCGGCCGGCAUUGGCGGCCGGAGUAACGCUGCACAUGGCGGUCUAGAGGGGAAAAUGUGGAAACUCGACAUUAUACUGGAUGAGGUUCCUGCGGCGUGCGAACUACCGGGAUUUCUUUCCCGGUGGUGCAGCCAGAUUUAACCCAUUACGGAUAUCUCUCGGCCGCGGUAUUUGAAUGCAGAUAUAUAAAUACACCAACUUUUAAGCCAAUCUCGACUCAGCCAGCCGGGUUAGAAACGGUCCGCGAACCAUAAGGAAUUAACAAAGUCAUAAAGAGUCAUAAAAGGAUAAAAAUACUCUCAUACUAAUUACUGACUGACUGUGCUGCUCCUGCAACAUCGG